UGUUAUAUAUCGCAUCCCGUAGACAUAUUUCCUGUCCAAUAGUGACUGCUGCCAGGCUGUUUGGUGUAUGAACAAUAACGAGUUUGGGUCUGAUUCAUUGGUAGACCUGGAAAAGGCAAAUCCUUAAUAGUGUAUAUUUUUUUCUUACCUAAACAAAAGUUCCACCAUCUUUGGUACAAUAUACAUCUGUACCUCGCUUUCGUUUCAAUACAUAAAUUCUUAAUGAUGUGAUCUUAUGUUAUAUCACAAUACAUUAAAUAGAUUAUUUUUACAAGUUCAAGUUAAAUCAAAUGAUAUCUUAGCAUUUUGUCAUACAGAAACCAAGGUAUAUACAUAAUGCUCAUAAUUGGCUAAUAAUAACUUCAUCAGUUCUCGAAAACAAUUUUUUUUAAUUCUUCAAAAUUUUCAGCAUGAAAUAGUGCAAGUGCAAUAACUCUAUUCAAUAUUGACAUAUAUAAUAAAAUUAGCAUCAGUUUCUGUAAUUUCUACAUGCUCACCAAGCUUCAUUAAAUUGUACCUCCUGCCCCCAUUGCAUGAUCGUAAGAGGCGACUAAAUUUGGGAUCUUAUCUUUUCUCUUCUUUCUUAACCCUUGUCAUGCUGCAUUGUUUUAUAUUACAGGGGCACUCGGUGCUGAAUUGUUGAAUUUUUUUUUUUUUUUUUUUUUAAUUGAUCAUAGAACAUUCUUGAGUGUGUUAUCUAAGUGUUGGAAACAAUUUUGAGUGAAUUCAUGAUGAUUUGAUAACCUCAUGCUAUAUGCAAAAAUGACAACAUAAACACCAAUGGAAUUUCAAUCGUGAAUAUUUUAUAUUAUUUUUUUCAGAUCAAGUUUUUAAGGAAAGAGCACAAUUUAUUGUUGACCUUUCCACAAUUAAUUAAACAUCCUAUGCAUAUAUGCACACAUACAUAUGUAAAUGAAAAAAUAGCUGAAAUAAAACCGAACUCUUACCAAGUAUACAAUGUUAGGUAAUUCAAGGGAGAUAACCAUUUUUUGAAAAUAUGUACUCGGAUGUGUUUAUUUAACAAUAUCCAAAGAUAUAUGAAAAGGAAAUGAAAAAAACAACAACUUAUAUUGAACAUAUUUGCUCUAUUACAAUGCAAAUAUAAAUGACUAUGUACAACAGGUCUAUAACUUGUGAAUUAUCUGAAUACUGGAUCAUUGGUUAUACUGCCCUGCAGGUAGGGUAAACUAACCUAAUUCCAGCCAUGUACCUAAUUCCAGCCACUUUUUUACUUUGGCAUACAGAGUGUUUGUGUGUGCCAAUCACAUUUGACAAUGAUUUGUAUUGAUCUAAGGGACGUGCAGUUUUUGUUUUCAAUGAUGCAAGUGUCCUCAGUGACCUUGAAGUUGUUUUGGCGGCAAAGUUUGAAAAGUGCAAAAGCAGUGCUCCAGAAGAAGACAACUUUUCAGAAUAAUUAUGGGAAAAACAAAAAAAAAAUCCAACACCAGGUCCACGAGGAAAACACAAAAACUGGUCAGUGGAACAAAUGACCACAGCCUUGGCCGAUAUAAAAAGUGGGACUCUUAGUAUAAGAGAGGCCUCUAGGACGUAUGGUAUACCAAGGGGUACCAUACAAGAUAGAAUCCACAAUCGUGUUGAUGGAUCCCUCCCUGGGUGCAAGCCGAAGCUGUCCACAGACGAUGAAGAGAAACUCAUAGACUUACGCCAGCAAUAGAGCGUCCAUGGGGAUUGGUUUUAGCAAAACCAAUUUUUUAAGAUAUGCAGCAGACCUUGCAAAAAAAGGAAAAGACCAUUCAAACGGUCCGUUCCAUCUGAAAAAUGGUGGAAGGGGAUAAAAAAACCGUCAGGGCAACAUAAGCCUUAGGAGGCCAGAAAGUACAGCAGCUGUUCGCCAUGCUUGUAUGAACAAGAGCUACGUUUCAAAAUAUUUCGAUCAGUUGUCUAACGUAAUGAAGCAGCACAGCAUCGACAGCAUGCCAGAUCGGAUUUGGAACAUGGACGAGACGGGUUGCUCUCUGUCGCAUAACCCUGGACUGAUUAUUGCAAGAACGGGUUCCAAGUACCUACAGAGUCGGACAAGUGGCAAUAGGGAGACCAUAACUAUGCUUUGUUGUGGUAACGCAAACGGGACCAUGCUGCCUCCUCUAUGUGUCAUUAAAGGGAAAACGGUUAAAACUCUACAAUCCCUACGGACACAGGAUGCCCCAGUAAAUACAAAAUUCAGUGUGUCCGAUUCUGGAUGGACGAAAAUGGGAAUUAUGGAAAGAUGGUUCAAAGACCAUUUCCUCCCCUUGAUCGGUCCACAGAGACCACAGCUUCUGUUGAUGGAUGGCCACAACAGCCAUAACUACGUUGAGCUGCUAACAGAAGCGAGAGACAACAAUGUCAUCAUAGUGGAGCUACCUGAGCAUACAUCUCAUUGGCUGCAGCCUCUAGAUCGGACUGUUUUUGGACCAUUCAAAAAAGCCUAUAACAAAGCCUGUACUAACCUUAUGAAUGACAAUCCGGGUACAGUGGUGUCCAAAGUAACCUUUUGUGGGUUAAUGCAAAAGGCGUGGACAGAAGGCAUGACAGAGGGAAAUUUGAAGAGAGGGUUUAAAGCAUGUGGUGUUUAUCCACUAAACCCAGGGGUGAUACCUCAGGAUGCAUAUCAACCCAACUCUGCCACACGAAUGGAAAAGGUGAGUGUGCACGGAGUCCCUCAGGAAAUUCAGGCCACUAUUGCCCAUCAGGAGACUCCGGCCGCUGUUGUCCCCCAGGAGACUCCGGCCACUGGUGUCCCUCCAGAGACUCCGGCCGCUGUUGCCAAUCAGGAGGCACCUAUUCCAGAUGACAUUCUCACUGAUGUCAUUCUAGAUAAAGUUGAUCAGACAUUGGUGUUGGACAUUGCCGAUGAUGAAGUACUAAAAGCCUUGAUACAAGGCAAUAUUUUCUCAACACCUGAAGAGAAUAGCCAGCUAUUGUUUCAACACAUAACCAAUGAUGUGAAUCAGAAAGCUAUUAGCCGGUUCCCAUUUCAAAAUACGUCUUCUCCCUUCGAUAAGGAUGCAGAUGUAUUGCCGUAUCCGACAAGCACCACUUCCGUAAAAAAUAAGAAAAAAGUACAAGAAAGAUAUUUUGUGUUGACAUCGGAGGAAGUGAUCAGCCACAAAACAAAACAGUUGGAAGCAAAGCAAGACAAAGAAAAUAAAAAGGAAACGGCAAAACUAUAA